AGCAGCCCUAGAAAAGGCAAAAAGACAAAAAAAAAGACAGAAGUGAAGGCAGGGUCCUCUUCCUCUUGUCAUGCCAUCCAUUUUAGAGCUCUGUCAGCACUGUGAGGGCUAAGAGAAAGAAUGGAAGAAAAGGCAGGGUGUUCACAUAGAGAGGGUUUAGAGGCAAAGAAGUCUUGAGAAGGAGCCAGUCAAGUUGGCAGCUUAACCUUGGGUAGAAGGGAAAACUUCCGGGAGAUGGAGAAGAAUGAAAGAUAGUUUACAGAUGGGUGGCAGGAUGGUGAGAGAGUUCAUCCCUGGGGGCCACUAUUUUUACUGGAUGUAUAAGCUCAUCCACUGUUGACAGUGAGAGGAACAUGGAGAAGGAGGAACUUGAGUGAUGACGUUUUAGAAAAGCUGGAAUGUGAGGGGGAGCUGUCCAGGGCCGGGGGGAGGAUGCCUGGACCUUGGGAGGACCUGAGUGACCCUGGAAUAUAGUAAUCUAUGGAGGCAGUGAUGGCUGUGUGUGUUUGCAUGGGUGUGUUCAUGCAUGUAUUUGUGUAUUUUUGUGCUGUAGAAUUAAUUCCAGUUCAGAUAUAAUAAUUGAUCAUUUAAUUUACCAAAGCUUAUGAAGCUCCAUCUAUUUUUUAUCCCUAAAGCCAGGCACUAGGGUUACUAAGAUGAGUAAGAUCGUUUUUGUCCUUGGAAACAUGUAUUCUAGUGGGUCAGACCUAUAACACAUGAAACACUGUAUAGGGGAGCAGAAGUAAUUGAGAGGAGACGGUGUUAAUAUAGGGGAUGGAGAUAGAGUAAGCGACCAUCUUGAAAGCUUCCUGGAGGAAAUGACAUGUUAGCCGGCUUCUAAAGGAGGUCAUGGUUGCAAGUGAGGCUCUUGAAGAUUUCAGAGGACAAAAGAGAUGUUGACCACAGAUGGGGUACAUACUUAAGCAUGAAGUAGUUGAGGAAUGCAGGGCAAACUUUCAGGAAGAUGGAUGAAUUUUAGUUUUCUUGACUGAACUGGCUUUGUUUUAUAUAGGACCAGAAAAGUUUUUGCAAACAACGUUUUUGGGGCAUCAGUAUGAGUUUUUUUUUUUUUUUUUUUUUUUUUUUUUUUUUAGAUCUUUCUCAAAAGUUAUGGUCUUACUACAAUAUUUUCUAAACCUAAUAGCUAAUAGUUUUUUUAAAAAAUUAAUGUUAAGAAUGACAGUAUAAGAAUUCUCAUUGUGGCUCAGUGGCUUAAGAACCUGAUGUAGUUUUCUGUGAGGAUGCGGAUUCGAUCCCUGGCCUCACUCAGUGGAUUAAGGAUCUGGUGUAAGGCCGGCAGCUGUAGCUCUGAUUCUACCCCUAGUCUGGGAACUUCCACAUACUGUGGGUACAGCCAUAGAAAGAAAAAAAAAGGACAGUGUUAAUCUGGAAAUAAAUUAAAAAAAAAUUCGACUAGACAUCUGUGUUUUAUAUAUAUAUAUGUAUACAUAGUGUGUAUAUAUUCAUAUUUUAUAUUCUAACUUCUAAAUUAUAAAUAUAUUACCAGUUGUCCAUUUUGGCCCUGGAAGAAAUAUAAUCAAACACUAUUUGUUCUAAAUUAUAAAUAUAUUGCCAGUUGUCCAUUUUUGGCGCUGGAAGAAAUAUAAUCAAACACUAUUUGGUAUACUAUUUGUUGCUAACAAAUAGUAACACUAUUUGUUACUGACUCUUUGGAGUGUGAAACUUUUAGAGUUAUUAGAGCCUUGAUUCCUUUGGUAGCAUUCAAAAGGGGGAAAAAAAUGCAUGCUUUUGUUUAUGUAAAUGCUAAGCAUUUUCUGAAAGUUUUUCCAUCCUUCUUGAAAGAGAAAGUACGUUGUUAAAAGCAAAUAUGCCCUGCUAUAGGGAGCAGUCCUGUAGUGCCAAGGUAGUAGAUCAUUAGGCAGUAGAAGAUCCCUUCCCCCCUCCCCCUCCCCCGGCCACCGUCGGGCUUCAUUCGUACCUCUGAAGUGCAUCAUGCUUCCCAAAUCAAAUUGCUUACUUAAUAUUUAAUGUUUCUGCGAUGGAAUCACUUUCUCCCUUGAGUUCGACUUUGGAUUUGCCAGACACACUGACAACACUGCACUCCUUAUUUUCCCCACAUGACCUCAGCUUCUGCUUAAAAAAUGUUCGAAUAAAGGAUGCUUUUGUUCAUAUCUCGCCUGCCUGCGAUAUAUUGACAAAGUGUCUGCCGGCUGAAUGGAAUAGUUUUACAGUAUGAGUGCUGCUUUCAGUGGAGGGGCAGGGCUUGGGCUGAAGAAGGAAGUGAAUUGGAUAGGUCAGGAGAAUGUACCAUUUGUAAACACCCCUUUCCUUUUUUAUUCACGUGUCAGGACAGCAGGAGCAGGCUGUUCAGUGCCCGUCCCUGCACAGAGCCAGAGGGAAAGCAGCUUGGAAGUCAGUUGCAAUUUUUAAACCUUGCUUUUUAUUUCCCGGUAAUGAUCUUCAAGUGCUUGGACUUGUUUAAGAAGCUGUUUUGAAACUAACAUGGUUUAGUCCACUAACUGCAUGUUGGGUAAAUUCA